AUGGACGGCGAUUCAACAUCCUCCAACAAGUUUGUCCCGGAAUACAGACGUACCAACUUCAAAAAUAAAGGACGGUUCUCUGCCGAUGAGUUGCGUCGUCGUAGAGAUACGCAACAAGUCGAGCUGAGAAAGGCCAAAAGAGACGAAGCUUUGGCAAAAAGGAGAAAUUUCAAUGCCCCAGCAGGUGGUGCAGAGUCUGAAGAUGAGGACGAGGCAACUAGCUCCGCAGACCAACAGUUUUACACGCAAUUACAGCAGGAAUUGCCACAAAUGAUCCAGCAGAUCAACUCAGCGGAUUUACAAGAACAACUCAAUGCCACAGUCAAAUUCCGCCAGAUUUUGUCGCGUGAACACCGGCCACCAAUCGACACGGUGAUCCAAUCCGGCGUGGUGCCUAACUUGGUGAAUUUUAUGAACGAGAAUCAACCAGAAAUGUUGCAAUUGGAAGCUGCUUGGGCUCUGACCAAUAUUGCAUCCGGGUCUUCGGAUCAAACCAAAGUGGUGGUGGAAGCUGGAGCCGUGCCUCUUUUCAUCCAGCUGUUGUACUCUGGAUCUGUUGAGGUCAAAGAACAAGCUAUUUGGGCCUUGGGUAACGUCGCUGGUGACUCCACAGGCUACAGAGACUACGUCUUGAGCUGCGGUGCAAUGCAACCCAUCUUGUCGCUAUUCGACCUGAGCAAAACCUCCCUCAUCAGAACCGCAACUUGGACUUUAUCGAACUUGUGCAGAGGUAAAAAACCACAACCAGACUGGUCCGUCGUGUCACAAUCGCUGCCCACCCUUGCGAAACUCAUCUACUCGAUGGAUACAGAAACGCUCGUGGACGCUAGUUGGGCCAUUUCCUAUCUUUCUGAUGGGCCUGCUAAUAACAUUCAAGCCGUCAUCGACGCUAGAAUCCCUAAGAGACUGGUGGAACUUUUGAACCACCAAUCCACACUCGUGCAAACUCCAGCUCUGAGGGCUGUCGGGAACAUUGUGACCGGAAACGACUUGCAAACCCAGGUGGUCAUCAAUAGCGGUGUUUUGGGCGCACUAAGAAACUUGCUCACCUCCACGAAGGAAUCCAUCCGUAAAGAAGCGUGUUGGACGAUUUCCAACAUCACAGCAGGAAAUACCGAUCAGAUCCAAGCUGCCAUUGACGCCAAUUUGAUACCCCCUCUGGUCAAGCUUCUGGACGUUGCAGACUACAAGACGAAGAAAGAGGCCUGUUGGGCCAUCUCCAAUGCAUCUUCUGGAGGUUUGCAAAAGCCUGAUAUUAUCCGUUACCUCGUUUCUCAAGGCUGCAUAAAGCCCUUGUGUGACCUGCUGGACAUCGCCGACAACAGAAUCAUCGAAGUUACGCUGGAUGCAUUGGAAAACAUAUUGAAGAUGGGUGAAGCCGAUAAAGAAGCUCGUGGUUUGCAUAUUAACGAAAAUGCCGACUACAUAGAGCGUGCUGGCGGUGUAGAGAAGAUCUUCAAGUGUCAGCAAAAUGAAAACGAAAAGAUUUACGAAAAGGCAUUCAACAUUAUCGAACAAUACUUUGGUGAGGACGACGAUGCCCUUGACGAAAGCAUGAUUCCACAGAGCGCAGGCAACACCUUUGGCUUCGGUUCUAACGUCAACCAGCAGUUCAACUUCAACUAA